GCGUCUCAGCAUCUCUAUCGCUCUCCAAAACCUCAGCCUGAAGGUUUAGGGUUUUAUCGCAUUCAUUCAUUCUCCAUGUUUCGAGACCUAGCUCUUCGAUGCUUCGACGCCUCGCUCGAUCAAAGCUGCGAUCUUUACUCCGAUUCCCCAAGUUCUCUUCUUCCGCCGACAUCGCUGAAGUCGCCUUCUUCGAUUUUCACAAUGAGCUCCCAAUCAAUUCGAACUCUCACCUCUCCAUCCUCAAUGAGAUCCCUAGCGAUAGAAUUAGAGGAAAGGACGAUAGCUGUAAAGAGUCUGAGGAUUCUAGGGUUUCUACCUUGGUGGCUUGCCAUUGCUUGGCAAAAGUGGGGAAGCUGAAAGAAGUUCGACGGAUUUUGAAGCAGUUGAUCGACAAAGAAGGGUCUGGUUCCGCAACUUCUCUGUGUGGACUACUAUUGAAUAAUUUCAGGGAUUUUGAUUGCGACUGGAUUGUGUGGGAUAUGUUGGCAAAUGUUUAUGCUCGGUCCGAAAUGAUCUAUGAUGCUCUUUAUGUCCUUAGUCAAAUGGAUAGUUUGAAUAUACAAGCCUCGAUAUCAACUUAUGACAGUUUGAUGUAUAAUAUAAGGACUGCUGAUGUGGUUUCUGAUCUUUACAAAGGAAUCAGAGCUAGCGGGGUUUCUUGUAGUGAGUAUACACAUAAUAUUUUCAUUGAUGGUUUGUGUAAGCAGAAGAGGUUGGGGGAGGCAAUGUCUUGCUUCCAAGAGAUGAGGUCAAGGAAAGAACUAACACUUUGUACAGUCAUUUUUAAUACCCUAAUAUCUGGGUUUAGUAAUGCUGGAUCGGUGGAUGUUGCAAAGUCAUUUGUUGCGAUGAUGUUUAAAUAUGGCUGUGUUCCCGAUAGAUUUAGUUACGGUAGUCUUCUACAUGGGCUAUGUGUAGUAGGUCGUAUGGAGGAAGCCCUGGAGUUGUGUGAGGAUAUGGAAAGGGAGGGAAUGAAGCUUGAUGUGGUGACAUACAAUAUUCUCAUAAAUGGGUUUCGUCUACUCGGGCUUAUGAGCUGGGUUUGGAAACUCAUUCAUGAAAUGAUCUUAAAGGGUCUGGAUCCCGAUCUUGUUACUUAUACCAUACUCAUUUGCGGGCAUUGUGAAAGCGGCAGGGUUGAUGUUGGAAUGAAAAUAAAGAAAGAGAUGCUUGAGCGGGGAUUUCAAUUAAAUGUUAUUACUUACAGUGUGCUCUUAAAUGGUCUAAGUAAGCAGGGAAGAAUUUGUGAUGUAGACAAGAUUCUUGAGGAGAUGAAAGCUAUUGGUUUGGAUAUGGACAUAGUAGCAUAUUCUACCCUCAUUCACGGGUACUGCAAGCUAGGAGAAAUUGAUAGAGCACUUCAAAUCUGCAAUAUGAUGUGCUCUAAAAUAGUGCUGCUCAACUCUUUUGGAUAUGGGGCUAUUCUUUCAAGUUUGUGUAAGAAAGGAAUGGUGGUUGAAGCUAGGUGUAUCUUGGAUACAUUAACCAACAGCUUUCAGUCAGUGGAUGUUAUUUUGUAUAACAUGGUGCUUCAUGGGUAUGUAAAACUGGGCAAUGUUAGCGCUGCUUUGGAAUUAUAUGAAAAGAUGCUUACGGGAGGAAUAAUCCCCACCAUCAUCACUUAUAAUACCCUCAUUCUUGGUUUUUGCAAGACAGGAAAGCUAAAUGAGGCACUUAACUUUAAGAAGACCAUUGAGCUUAAUGGAUUGGUUCCUACUGUAGUGACAUACAGUACUCUUAUGGAUGCUUUUUGUGGAGCUGGGGAUGUUGCUUCUAUGCUUCAAUUAUUCGAUGAAAUGGUUGGUAAAGCAAUUAUGCCUAAUGUCAUCAUAUAUAGUAUAGUUAUGAAAGGUUUGUGCAAGCAACGUAGGCUGCAAGGGGCUAUUGAUAUCCUCAAAGAUAUGCAUAUGAAGGGUAUAGGCGUAGAUGUGAUCACAUAUAAUACACUUAUACAAGGAUUCUGUGAAGCACAAAAUAGGAAAAUGGCUUUCCGCAUACACAACGAAAUGUUGCAACAAAAUCUUACACCUACUCCUGUUACAUAUAACUUCCUCAUAAAUGUUCUUUGCCACAAUGGCCAUACAUACUGGGCUGAAAGGCUUCUGAAAGCCCUAUUGGACAAGGGUGUUAAGUUGAGAAAGUUUGCAUACAACACCAUAAUUAAAGCAUAUUGUGUAAAAGGAAAGCCUCAGGAAGCUAUAACCCUCUUUGAGAUGAUGGUGACAAAGGGGUUUGAGGUUUCGAUUGAAGAUUACAGUGCAGUAAUCAAUCGUCUGUGCAAGAGACAUUUCACAAAUGAAGCAAUGAUAUUUUUGAAUAAGAUGUUACUAGCCGGUAUUUCACCGGAUUUGGAACUAGUUGCUACUUUCUGUAGUGCUUAUCACUACAAAAAUGAUAUCACUCAGUUGUUUGCAUUGCAGUGUAUGAUUUUCAAAAGGGGUCUGCUUAGUAUCAAUACGCAUAAAAGGAGUAUAAAAUGAUAUCACUCAGUUGUUUGCAUUGCAGUGUAUGAUCUUCAAAAAGGGUCGUCUUGGUAUCAAUAUGUGCAUGAAAGGAGUAUGAAAUGAACAUAUUUAAGGGCAUAUUGAAGUUUGGCUCUCAAUCGAAAUUCAAAGUUCGUGGAAUCCAUCCUUGCUGCUGGGUUCAGGCAUAGAGCUCUCACUUGAAAGUCAUUUGUCUUGCUUCAAAGCUUCCUAGGUAGCAUCAGUAAAUUUGGCUCCGUACUUAUGUGAGCUUCAGGUGCUUUUAGGCAUACAGAUGUCUAUUUAACAAAGCAGACCUUCUCACAGAGACCUCUUACUGGAUAACCUUCUGAAUAGUUUCAAACUUCCCUAUCAGAGAAUCUGGUCUGUGUACCUAAUAUGAACUUCAUGUGCUUUCGCUAUCGCACAACUUACGCCACAGUAUUCACAAAACUGUAUUUCUGCGGGUGUAAACUGGUGGCUUCUGGCUGGAGUAUGAUAGGUCUAUGGCAUAUCGUAUGUGUGGUUAAUAAGUCUGCGACUGAAGUCAAAGUACAGGGCCUGAAUUGAUGAGGGCAUCAGAAACAUAUUUAGAGAUAACCACUGCAAAUAGUUGCUGAAGAUGCAGAAGGUGAUGCCCUGACAAAAGAAGCAUUGAUUUUUAUCUUGGACUGCAUGGAGCACCUGGAGGUUUUCAACGUCUCCAUUUUGUGUUGCUAUAAAGCCUUAGUUUCGCAUGAAAGAAUAAUCAUUCAGGAACUGGACCAUGCCCCUCUGAAGAAGGCAUCAAUGCUUCACAACUACUACUAUUUGUAUGUAUCCCUUACGCCUUGUCACAGUAUGAUUAUAAUAAAAUGCCUGAAGAGAAGUAAAAUUGCGAGUGGUUCUGGCACCAGGAUGCGGUGAGGGUUUCUUGCUCUGGAGUCUGUUGUGAGAAAUUUGAAUUUGUGUUAUGACAAUGGUCCCAAUAUAGGGUUUAGAAAUUGACGACAAAUGUUGGUAGAUAAUGACCCGCGAUGCCUACCCUUGAUAUGGACCUGUUUGAGACUUAAUGGGUAAAAUCGGAUCAAUGAUGGAACUGCUACAGUUGUGAACAUUCGUAGCAGGAACGUAACUUAUGGCAUGGAUGUAUAUUUGUCAUAUAAAGGUUCAGAGGGUCUGUUUGUUUCGUUUCAAAAAAAAAAAAAAAAAAAAAAAA